AUGGCCUUUGUUCUUGCGGGGCUUUCUUUCCUAGCUGCCGUCCAAGCAUGCACUGUGACCCCAGUCGCACUUCCCAGCGGAUGCACCAACCUUCCAUCCUACGACUUUUCAACCGGUAUCGCAGGACCAUGGAUCGUCGAGGUGAACCAAUGUGUGAACACCACAGCGACAGAUAAUGCCUGCAACAUUGAAGGCUUCGGCAGCGAGGCGGUAUACUUCCUCCAGCAAGGCGAUACUAGCGUUGUGCGCGGAUAUAUAGGAAUUGUCUCCAGAAAUGACCUUGCUAAAAGUCCCCUUCGCUGCAACGACGCGACGGACGCAUUUGAGUCAUAUGUUCCAUCGGGUGUGAGCGGUGCUGAGUGGAAGGCUGUCAAUGUCACCGACAUUCCAUACUCGGCGCAGCUUAUGUGGGGCCUUGGACAAUAUAGCUUGCCCAUUCAGGCUUACUAUCACUACCUGGAUGGUGUCAAACAGGACGGCAUAUUCUUAGGCGCGCACAAUGUGACUAGCUGGGCUGUCCAGCUCCAGGAUGGAUCAGCCGGCAGCGGAGGCCAACCGUACUGGCUGAUCAGAUUGCUUGGUCAGGGUAGCGAAAAUCCAGUGACCGGUGCUGAGUUGGAGGAAGGAGAGUACAAGACCUUUAUCCGGAUUGAUGGAAGUUGA